AUGAGAAAACACAAUGAACGUUCUAUUAAUUCCAGGAUACAGAAGGAACAAAAGAACGAAUAUGCUCGAGAACGAAUUAGAAACGAACUAAAAUUAGAUAACUAUAGUAGGAUACAGAACGUGUCAGAUGAAAAGGCAGACAUUAUUAAAAACAAAAGAGAAGAAGAAAAAGAAAAAGCAAAUAUUAAGAGGGAAUAUGUUGAUGAGGAACAAAAUAUGUUUAAUAUGAAUGUACCUGGUGAUAAUAUGUCUAGAGACGAAUUUGAUGAUAAAAGAAAAUUAAAAGAAGAGAAAAUUAAACAAUGCCAACUAUUAAAUGAAAAACAACUAGAAGAAAAAGAAAAAGAAAAAAGAAUUCUGAGAGAAAAAGCUGUUGAAUAUACCUUACAAAAUGAAGAAGAAUAUAAACAACUAAAACGAAAAUUAGAUGAAUUAGCUAUUUUGAAAGACAGAGAAAAUCAAAUAAAAGAAGCUAAUUUAAUAAAAACUAAAAAUAAAAUUGAAGAAGAUAUGAAAAUUAAUAAAGAAUUAGAAGAGAUUAUUUUAAAAGAAGAUAAAGAAGAUGAUAUGAAAAAAAAAAUGAAUUAUAACAAAAUAAUGGAUACCAAAAAUGAAUUACAAAAACAAAUGAAAGAAAAUAUAAAAAAAAAAAAAGAAAAAUAUACAGACAAUCUAGAUGAUAGAGCUCAUGUAGAACAAAUUGUGAAAAAUUAUCAAGAAGAAGAAAAGAAAAAAAAAGAAGAAGAUUUAUUAAAACAAAAAAAAUUAUUAAAAGAAUUUCAACAACAAAUUGAAUUAAAAAAUAAACAAAAAGAAUUACAAAAACAAAAAGAUAAAGAAGAAGAAUUAAAAAAUCAAGAAUAUAUUAAACAAAAAGAACAAAAAAUGAAAAGCUAUAUACAAAAUAAACAAGAUAAAAAUAUACAAAAACAAAAAGUUGUUAAUCAAAUAGCAUAUAAGGAAUAUCUAGUUAAUAAAGAAAAAGAAACAUUAGAUGAAUUAUUAAAUAAACUUUAUAUAGAAGAACAUGAUUUUAAGGAAAAACAAAAAGAAUUAAAAGAAAAUCAAAAAAAAUUACAACUUAAAAAUGACAUGCUUAAACAAUUAGAACAAGAUAUACAACUAAAAGAACAACAAAGGUUAGCAGAAAAACAAGAAGAUGAAAAAAGAAAAAUACAAUUGUUAGAAGAAAAAAAAAAACUAGACAAAUUAGAUCAAUAUACAGAUCAAAAGAAAAAAGAAAAAUUGUUACAAUAUAGAAAAGAAAUUUAUCAAACAUUCCAAGAAAAAAAAGAAACAAUUAAACAAGAAAGGUUACAAGAACAAGUACAAAAAGAAAAAUUAAUGGAAGAACAAAAAAAAUAUGAACAACUCAUAAAACAAGAAAAACUCAAAUUGUUAGAUAAAUAUAGUGAUGAUAUAUUACAACAAUUACCUGAAGAAGUCUACCAAAAAAUGAAAAGCGAAAAUAUUAUAAUCGAAAAGUAA